AUGCUUGAAAAUGCACAAAAUAAACAUUUUGUAUUUAGGGGAAAUUCUUCUACUACUAUUAUGCCAAGGUUAGCAUUAUUCAAUGAAAGAUUACGCUCUGCCUCUUUACCACCUGCAUUCUCAUCUCAACCAAUAGGAAUAGGCAAUUAUCAUCUAACAGCAAAACGAUCAAUAAUUGCCAAUACAGGGGGGAAUGCUUCACCCUUAUUGGUUAAUUCAGCGUGUUAUUCCCCCUAUGCGUGUCCCACCUACGCAUGUCAACAUGAUGGUGCAGAUUGGGAAGACUGUCGUAUUAGUAUAGACUGUUUUGGUAUUAAAGCGUCUAAGUGUAAUUAUGCAAGACGCCUACAGGGGGAAAAUUGCACCAAUUACCAAUAUGAUGGUAAUACAACAACAACUGUAUGGGAUGGAUUACAAAGCACCAAAUAUUAUUUACGCCUACCAGUAAAAUUGCCUACCAUUCGUAUAGAAGAGAAAAAGUUGCCACAAGCAGCAGCACAUCAAUCAAUAAAAUCGCAUAGUUUAUCAGCUAGAUCUGUCCGUCUAUCUAUUAUCCCGUUGAAUCCAAUCUACAAAAAGCGAAGGUCAACACAGGCAACAGUGAAACGUAGAUUGUGUAGAAAUAACAAUCAACAGUCGACAAGAGGUAAACCAACUACAGAAACAGAGAGAACAAAUUGGAUUAGCGCAGUUGAUUUAAACACUUGUCGAACAACUCUUCGUAAUUGUUGGCGUAAAAGUUUAAUACAAAGAAUGGCCUUUAAAAUUGAUGAUUUUACAAUUCAAGAAGAUCAAGUCAAAGUUGCUAAAGAUGUUUUCAAACGUUUCGAUAAAAGAGGACAAGAGAAAAUCAGCACUACUGAUCUGGGUCCAGCUUUUCGUGCACUUAACUUGACAGUUAAACCAGAUACCUUAAAAGAAUGGGCUGAUCAAGUUGAUGAUGAUGCUACCGGAUUCAUUGACUUCAAUGGAUUUUUGAUAUGUUAUGGAAAGAAACUUCAAGAAGAUCAAGAUGAAAGAGAUUUGAGAGAUGCCUUCCGAGUGUUGGAUAAAAAUAAACGUGGUGAGAUCGAUGUUGAAGAUUUAAGAUGGAUUUUGAAAGGUCUUGGAGACGAUCUUACUGAAGAGGAAAUCGAUGAUAUGAUCAGAGAUACUGACACUGAUGGGUCUGGCUUCGUCGACUUCGAUGCGACUAGAUUGAAUGCUGUUAGUUAUGCCGAUGGGACAUAA